AAUGCGUACAAUCUGCACAAGUUACAGCCAUCAACCUUUUCAUUUGUCUCUCUUGGCAAAAAAAGUUACAUGGAAGGAGAUCAGAGCGAUCACAGAAAGAAUGUUACAGAAGAUUAUAGUGCAGAGGCUCUUCCAUUUGCAAAAUCAGCGGUAGGAGAGGACCCAUUGACAUGGCGACUCAGUCUCGACAGUUUUCGCAUAGAAAAGCAAGACACUGAUCGUGGUCGUCAAACUUGGUCCUCUUUCCUGCGUACAUCAUCAAGGAAGCAACGCAAGGUUUCUGAAUACUACAAGAAACAAGAAAGGCUACUUGAAGGGUAUAAUGAGAUGGAGGCCAUGACUGAAUCGGGUUGUUUCCCUGGAAAUCCGACAGAGGAUGAAAUGAAGCAGCUGGCAAAGAGUGAGCGACUAGCAAUUUAUAUUUCCAAUGUAGCUAACUUGCUACUAUUUGCAGCAAAGGUUUAUGCUUCUAUGGAGAGCAAAUCUUUGGCAGUUAUUGCUUCAACUCUGGACUCCCUACUGGAUCUCUUGUCGGGAUUUAUUUUGUGGUUCACUUCAUAUGCCAUGAAAAAGCCAAACCAUUACCACCACUAUCCAAUUGGAAAGAAACGGAUGCAGCCCGUGGGCAUCAUUGUCUUUGCAUCUGUAAUGGCGACACUGGGGUUGCAAAUUCUACUUGAGUCUGGUCGGCGGCUCAUUUUGAAGAAAGGGCCUGAAAUGGAUAAGGGGCAGGAGAAAUGGAUGAUUGCCAUAAUGGUUUCUGUCACGGUAGUGAAGUUUCUGCUAAUGCUCUAUUGUCGAAGAUUUAAGAAUGAAAUUGUCAGAGCCUAUGCUCAAGAUCAUCUUUUUGACGUCGUAACAAAUUCAGUUGGUUUGAUAACAGCCGUCCUAGCAAUCCGAUAUUACUGGUGGAUCGAUCCUACUGGAGCUAUUAUAAUAGCGUUGUAUACCAUCAACACAUGGACCAGAACAGUUAUCGAGAAUGUAUGGUCUUUGAUUGGAAGAACUGCCCCGCCUGAGUUUCUAGCAAAGCUAACAUACCUGAUAUGGAAUCACCAUAAAGAGAUCAAGCAUAUUGACACGGUUAGGGCGUACACUUUCGGUAAACAUUACUUUGCGGAGGUUGACAUAGUCUUGCCAGGAGACAUGGUUUUGAACCAAGCACAUAAUAUCGGCGAGGAUCUCCAAGAGAAGCUUGAGCAAUUACCUGAAGUUGAGCGAGCUUUUGUGCAUAUAGAUUUCGAGUUUUCCCAUAGGCCUGAACACAGGAGCAAGUUCUAAUGGGUGAUGGUAAUAAUGGCUGGAGCUCAACCUUUCACUGCAAGUUCUUUGCGAGGCCAACUAAUUUUCUCUUGUUCCGCUGCUUAAUUGACAGUCCGUAGCUUCUUGUCUGCUAUAAUUCACCUAAUAUUCCGCUCUAAUACUGUUAAUCAAUGCUAUUAGUUAAGGUCAUGUUUUCUUGAUUAA